AUCCUAUGUGUGAACCAACUGAUGAUUGGCCAUAUAAAUUUGAUAAAAGUUUGGAGUUGGAUGGAGUUGGAAUGAACACAGCUCCUGGUCAAACUGUUCAAAUGGCUGAUUGCAGCCCUGGAGUAUCUGGCAAGGAGAACGACUUUGAAUUUUUUUCUGGCCCAUCUGCAGCUGAGGAUGAUGAUGAAGUGACAGAGUCAAAAAUUAGAGCCUUUCUGGAUGAAAAGGCAUUAGAUCUGAAGAAGCUGCAGACACCCCUUGAGCAGUUCUAUAAUAGCACAAUGAAUGCAGCUGAUCAUCCAAGUGCUGUGGGAACUCCUGAUGGUGAAAAUGUUGCAAGUAAUCUAAAUUUACCUCCAAAAAGCAAGUCACCUAGUCGGUUACCUAGCAGAAGAUUCUCUUCCAUGAUUGAUGCUGCCAAGACUUUCAGCCCCGGGACCAAGAGUCGUACAAAAGAAGCAUUAAAUGCUAGCGGUGUACAUGCUCGAGCCUUGCAAGAAAUCCAGCCACCUCAGCUUAGUGAUUGGAAAGAUCUUGAUGCUCAGGACGGGUCAUGUAGCCAAAGCACAAGCUGCUCCGAGAGGGAAAGGAAGUGGACAGAAGAGCUAGUUGAAGAGCUUGAGAGGACGCGAG